AUGAUUUCUACACUGUACUCGACUGAACACGGCUGUACUCGACUCCUGUUGCUAAUUCUCGAGCAUGGCGAGUACGGCCUCCACGGCAGUGGCUCCCAGAGGGCUAGCGGAGCGGCAUUCAAGUUCAUUUCGCCCCUGCGGCAGGUUGGCACAAAUGACGUCCUCGACUCCCCUCCAAGAAUAACUUUUAGUCUUUUACAGGCCGAGCACUUCAUUUUCAUGGAUUUCCCACGAAUUGGACCCUGGUUUUAUGUUUGA